AUGUGUGUUGGUGGAUGUGAGUACGAGGAAGCAGCGGCCGCCAUUUCAGAGAGCUUGUCGAAGCUGUCGCAGGGGUGGAUCCUGAGCUGCCGAAGCCGCCGUCCUGCACUUCCGCGCGGGCUCCUCUAAUCCCAUUGUUUCUUUUAGAUUCGCUCGGGCCUAUCCACCCUCGGAGCCCGAAAUUCGGGCUGGGCGGUACCGCGGCCUGGGCCUAGCGGCUUAACAGUAGCAACAGCGGCGGCAGCAACAGCAGCAGCCCCCGUCUUUCCGAAUACAAGCACCCCAGGGGCCCGAAAGCCCGCACAGGCGUUUAGAGAAAAUGGCAGACGAUAUUGAUAUUGAAGCAAUGCUUGAGGCUCCUUACAAGAAGGAUGAGAACAAGUUGAGCAGUGCUAACGGCCAUGAAGAACGUAGCAAAAAGAGGAAAAAAAGCAAGAGCAGAAGUCGUAGUCAUGAACGUAAAAGAAGCAAAAGUAAGGAACGGAAACGAAGUAGAGAUAGAGAAAGGAAAAAGAGUAAAAGCCGUGAAAGGAAGCGAAGUAGAAGCAAAGAAAGGAGACGAAGCCGCUCAAGAAGUCGAGAUCGCAGAUUCAGAGGCCGCUACAGAAGUCCUUAUGUAAUUUUGUGUUUCCUUUUUAGCUCCGGACCAAAAUUUAACAGUGCCAUCCGAGGAAAGAUUGGGUUGCCUCAUAGCAUCAAAUUAAGCAGACGACGCUCCCGAAGCAAAAGUCCAUUCAGAAAAGACAAGAGCCCUGUGAGGGAACCUAUUGAUAAUCUAACUCCUGAGGAAAGAGAUGCAAGGACAGUUUUCUGCAUGCAGCUGGCAGCAAGAAUUCGCCCAAGGGAUUUGGAAGAGUUUUUCUCUACAGUAGGAAAGGUUCGAGAUGUGAGAAUGAUUUCUGAUAGAAAUUCAAGACGUUCCAAAGGAAUUGCAUAUGUGGAGUUUGUUGAUGUUAGCUCGGUGCCUCUAGCAAUAGGAUUAACUGGCCAACGUGUUUUAGGAGUGCCAAUCAUAGUACAAGCAUCACAGGCAGAAAAAAACAGAGCUGCAGCAAUGGCAAACAAUCUACAAAAGGGAAGUGCUGGACCUAUGAGGCUUUAUGUGGGCUCGUUACACUUUAACAUAACUGAAGAUAUGCUUCGGGGGAUCUUUGAGCCUUUUGGAAGGAUUGAAAGUAUCCAACUCAUGAUGGAUAGUGAAACAGGUCGAUCUAAGGGAUAUGGUUUUAUUACGUUUUCCGAUUCAGAAUGUGCCAAGAAGGCUUUGGAACAACUUAAUGGAUUUGAACUAGCAGGGAGGCCAAUGAAAGUUGGUCAUGUUACUGAACGUACUGAUGCUUCCAGUGCUAGCUCAUUUUUGGACAGUGAUGAACUGGAAAGGACUGGAAUUGACUUGGGAACAACUGGUCGUCUUCAAUUAAUGGCAAGACUCGCAGAGGGUACAGGUUUGCAGAUCCCACCAGCAGCACAGCAGGCUCUACAAAUGAGUGGCUCUUUGGCAUUUGGUGCUGUGGCAGAAUUCUCUUUUGUUAUAGAUUUGCAAACAAGACUUUCUCAACAGACUGAAGCUUCAGCUUUAGCUGCAGCUGCCUCUGUCCAGCCUCUUGCAACACAGUGUUUUCAACUCUCUAACAUGUUUAACCCUCAAACAGAAGAAGAAGUUGGAUGGGAUACAGAGAUUAAGGAUGAUGUGAUUGAAGAAUGUAAUAAACAUGGAGGAGUUAUUCAUAUUUACGUUGACAAAAAUUCAGCUCAGGGCAAUGUGUAUGUGAAAUGCCCAUCAAUUGCUGCAGCCAUUGCUGCUGUCAAUGCAUUGCAUGGCAGGUGGUUUGCUGGUAAAAUGAUAACAGCAGCAUAUGUACCUCUUCCAACUUAUCACAACCUCUUCCCUGAUUCUAUGACAGCAACGCAACUACUGGUUCCAAGUAGACGAUGAAGGAAGAUAAUAGUCCCUUAUGUACAUAGCUUUUUUUCUUUCUUGAGAAUUCAUCUUGAGUUAUCUUUUAUUUAGAUAAAAAUAAAGAGGCAAGGGUCUACUGUCAUUUGUAUACAAUUCCUGUUACCUUGAAAAAAUAAAAAUGUUAACAGGAAUGCAGUGUGCUCAUUAUCCCUAACUAGCAAAUCCCACUGUAUACAAAGCUGUUCUCUUGUUCUGCCUUUUAAAUGUACAUGUAGAAAAUUACAUUAAGGAUCUAUAGGAAUAGCUCUAGGGGGGAACAAAUGUGCUUAAUGUAAAAAGGCAGACAGGGAUGUAAUUAUGUUUUUAAUGUUUCAGAAGCCUAACUUUUUACACAGCAGUUACAUUUCACGUUUCACUAAUGUUGAUAUUUGGCUAAUGGUUUGGCAGAGGUUUCUGGAGUACACUUUUAGUGUAUGGGAAUUUAAGACAGCUAAAGGGCUGUAUGAUUAACAUCUCAUCUUGCAUCAUGAUCAAUUGGCAAGAAAAGUAGAUUUCAAGAUUACAUUUCCAGAUGGUAUCUUUUCAAUUUAAUGUAUCUGUAAAAGUUUCUUUGUAAAUAUUAUGUGUUCUGGUGUGUCUUAAGAUUCCAAACAAAAUGAUCCCUGCAUUUCCUCAAAAUGUUUAGUGGCAGUCUGGUAAGCAAAGCAGUCUGAGCAAGAAAUAGGAAAUGCAGAAAUAGGUUUUGUCUGGUUGCAUAUAAUCUUUGCUCUUUUUAAGCUCUGUGAGCUCUGAAAUAUAUUUUUGGGUUACUUCAGUGUGUUUGACAAGACAGCUUGAUAUUUCUAUCAAACAAAUGACUUUCAUAUUGCAACAACCUUUGUAAGAACCACUCAAAUAAAAUUCUCUUAAAAAGGCCA